AUGAUCGUGAUUUUAUCAACAGGUCACAUCUCGGGUGCUCAUCUUAACCCAUCACUCACUAUUGCCUUUGCUGCACUUCGCCACUUUCCAUGGGCCCAUGUACCGGGCUACAUUGCAGCACAAGUUUCGGCCUCCAUUUGUGCUUCCUUUGCACUCAAAGGUGUUUUCCAUCCUUUCAUGUCCGGUGGUGUUACUGUCCCUUCUGUCAGCACCGGCCAGGCUUUUGCCCUUGAAUUUCUUAUAACUUUCAAUCUGCUAUUCGUCGUUACUGCUGUUGCCACUGAUACCCGCGCUGUUGGAGAAUUAGCAGGCAUAGCAGUUGGAGCCACCGUCAUGCUUAAUAUUCUUGUUGCGGGGCCAUCGAGCGGUGGCUCAAUGAAUCCUGUCCGAACUCUUGGACCAGCAGUUGCAGCAGGAAAUUACAAGGCGGUAUGGAUAUACCUUUUGGCACCUACACUUGGAGCUCUUGCAGGGGCUGGCAUUUAUACUCUCGUUAAGCUUAACGGGGAAGAGGAAGAGGCCCCACGCCAGGUGAGGAGUUUUCGUCGCUAG